AUGUCAAAAGAGACCACGGGAAGCAACGUAGCCAACUGGACAAAGCAUGAGCCUGAGAACCAGAAGACGACCACAGGGAGGUGGUUUGAUUUGGACGAAAGGUUGGAAAAGUUGUAUAAAGGAUCUGAAGAAUCACUUUCCUGGUAUUCUGAAUUUUGCAAUUCUGAAGAAGUCAAGAAAAUGCUUUUGAGUGACCUGAUUUUCACAAUUCUCUUCAUCGCUCAGACUGUGGUUGGGCUUCUGGGGAAUUCAAUUCUGCUCAUGCUGUAUGUCACUAUCUUCAUUUCCCAUCACCGACAGAAGAUCACUGACCUGAUCCUAACUCACUUGACUGUGGCAAACACAGUGACUCUUCUAACCCAGACUACUCCAGGGAUGGUUAUCGCCUUCAGAUGGGAGAAUUCUCUGGAUAUUAUUGGGUGCCAGGUCAACUCAUACAUCAGGAGAGUGGCCAGGGGCCUUUGUAUCUGUACUACCUGUGUACUGAGCAGUUUCCAGGCUGUCACCAUCAGCCCCAGCAACUCUGGCUGGGCCCACCUUAAACACCAUGUCCCCAAGUUGAUUUUGCCUGCAUUUAUCAUAUUCUGGAUCUUCAAUCUUUUAGUGGAAGUGAAUGCCCUAAAACCAAUUGUCAACAGCAAAAAUGUCACCAUCCCAAUCAGUGGCGAUAAUAGGAAGAGUUGUACUAGCAUAUAUUAUUUAAAUAAGAUAAACAAUUCUUCGUUUCUCAGUGCUAAAACUGUCCGCGAUAUCUUCUCUGUGCUCCUCAUGAGCUUGGCCAGUGGCUAUAUGGUUCUUAUGUUACGCCGCCACCGUAGGCAAAUCCAGCACAUUCACAGCAGCAGACAAACCCACAAAGCUUCUCCAGAAUCCAGAGCCACGCAGACCAUCCUGCUUCUGGUCACUUGCUUCGUUUCUUUUUAUUGCAUCAAUAGCAGCAUUACUCUGUUUUUGAAUUUUAUCAAGAUGGAUGACAUGACACUUUAUGAUCCCUUAUCAUUUCUGGGUUCAUGUUAUGCUUUUCUUUGCCCCUGGGUACUGAUCAGCAGUGAUCCCCGUAUUUCCAGACUCAAAUCAUUCUUUUAA